ACAGCCAACCGGAUCUCAACACAAUACUAACCGCGUUAAACCAACUUCAGUUAGACAACCAAACCCUUCACCAAAAAAACACAGAACUUAGAGAUGUUCUUAAUCAAUUUCGUGCCCAAGGAGUUGACAAUAAUUAUAAGGAGCCCAAAGUAAGCCUCCCGGAUAAAUUCGAUGGCACACGAAGUGGGCCUCCUUGGAAGCUUGUUAACUGGAUCAGCUUUAGCUUGGUUCACACCUUUGUUGGAAAAGCAAUCAAAGCUUCUAGAAGACUUGGGGAACUGGUCAAAGAGUUUGAGGCAACGUUUGGCGAUGCUGACAAGUCCAGGACCGCCGCUAACAAGAUACGAAAACUUGUUCAAGGAUCUAGGCCAGCCUCAAACUACGCUUCUGAAUUUAGACAGAUUGCUAGCGACCUGGACUGGGGUGAAGCAGCACUGGUCGACCAGUUCAGAACCGGGUUACGAGAUGACAUAAAAGACUUACUUCUUACCAUAGAAGACCCCACCUUGUUAAAUGAUGCAAUUUCAAAGGCGCAUCCCAGAGAUUCAGGAUCAGGAAGACACCAAAUCUCAGCACCCAGCAAUUCAGCAAGCUCUGUCACAGAACCUAUGCAAAUUGAUGCUGUACGAUAUAAGCCACUGUCCGUUGGAGAGAAGGAACGAAGACCCCCAGCUGUAGUAAGGGGACUACGGCUAGAUCAAGACAUUAGCUUAAACCCCAAAAUACUAUUAUCCUAUUCAUCUAAUACCCUUACUCCUAAACUGAGUUUACACUUACCGGGCGGCUCCGAGGUUAAAAUAGUAGCUUUAGUCGACUCUGGUGCCUCUGCUUGUUUUCUAGACACUACUUUCGCUCAAGAAUGUAAUAUACCCAUUUACAAAAAAGAACUACCAUUUUCAGUAGAAGUGAUCGAUGGCAGGAAAAUCUCUUCUGGGAAUGUUACUCAUGAACCGGGACCCUUACUUAUAUGCCUCCAAGACCACUAUGAAAAAAUGUUGUUCAAUCUUAUUUCAUCACCCUAUUAUCCAAUAAUCCUGGGCUUACCAUGGCUUGACUUACAUAACCCUACAAUUAAUUGGCAUGAACGUUCCAUAAUCUUUUCCGAUCCAAUGUGUAAAGAGCACCACACGAGCUCAAG